GGCCCGCAUCGAGUUUUUGGCCCAUAAGAGCAGAGGCCAUCCGCCCUUCCGCCCUAUAAAUAUAAGGGGUCGAGACCCCCCGCAGCCGCCUGGAGACCCCCCGCAGGAUCCUUCGUUCGGCUUCGUCUCUAUCUCCACCAGGCUCAGGAUGUAUUUUGAUCAUUGGACGACUCGGGACCUUGGUGAGCGUCAGCCAACAUCGUGGCGGUCUACCGACGUACUGGGGAAGCCCAAGAAAACCAUGAAAAAAUGUGUCCGCCGGCUGAACAUGUUGAGUUUCACUUAUCCUCCGGAGUUCAAUACUGGAGAGAACCAGCGCCUACGUGGACUAAAUGCUAAAUUGCUCGACGUAUUUAGGUUAAUUGCCCAUUCAUAUGAUUGUCUUGCGGAAGAGCAGGAUAAAUAUGAUAACCUGUUAACCGUAUGGUUAAAUCAAGAGAGAAUUGAUAGUACCAAGGCUACACUUCGUGACCUUCGUGCUGAAUGUGAAGCUUUAUUAGCAGAAGUUUCUGCAAUUGGAGGAGAAUUCUACAUUCCGCCUAAGUUGCAAGGCAAGGUACGAUUGAAGAAAUAUGUCCCUGUUGGAUCGCUGCAGCACUUAACUGGCGCAGAUCACUUUUUUCAAGAACAACUACCGGAUGGUGCCCUUGGUGAGAAUCACGAGAGGGAUGUUGGAAGUAUAAAUCGUUUGAGCUUUCAAGUUAACCGAAUGGCUUUUCUUCAAGCGUGUGGAGUUGAAUAUGCUCAAACUAAACUGUACAAAGCCUUGCGUCGGAGCUUGAGACAAGAUCUGGAUGAAUUACUUCUGAAUCAGUUUCCAGUUCAUACAAUGCCUGCACUUUUCAAUCGGGUUGGGCAACUCCUUGGCCUUGCUCUGGAUGUGGAGGUCGUCAGUCCCGGUGAGGACCCUGCUGUGGAGGUCGUCGGGCCCGGUGAGGACCCUGCUGUGGAGGUCGUCGGGCCCGGUGAGGACCCUGCUGUGGAGGGUGAGGAGGAGGACGGGCAGGGUGAGGACUGGGUUGGGCAGGAAGAAGAGGACGGGCAGCGUAUCAUUCACCACCUGAUCUUCCUGUCCUCAGAUGAGGAGGACGGGCAGGGUGAGGACUGGGUUGGGCAGGGUGAGGACGGGCAGCAAAUCCUUCAUCACCUGAUCUUCCUGUCCUCAGAUGAGGACGACGACGGGGUCGAGGAGCAGGAUGAGCAAAUCAUGCACCAUCUGAUAUUCCUGUCCUCAGAUGAGGACGACUAGGUGGACCAGGACCAGGCUGAGGGUUUCAUGGUAACCGACUAUGUGGUGAAAUCCUAUAUCGCUGAACCAUUGUCAUUUGCUUGAGGUUCCUGCAGAGGAGGAAGGGCCUCGCUUGUUAGAAUAGCUUCCACGGUUUCAUGGAUACUGAAGAUGUGGGGAAAUCAAUUUUGCGUAUGUCUCUAUUUUUUUUUUGAAACGUGUAUGUCUCUAUUUUGAAAAGACGGAACUUUCAUUUUGCGUACGGCCAUAAAUUCUGUAUUAACUUUGUUCGGAAAAGAUUGAACUUCAGCCUGUCCAUUUGAGCAGUUUUUUUUC